AUGUCCGUAGAACGUCUUCAAGCCGCCGGCGCUCAGAUACUUUCAUAUUUUUCGUCAAAGUACAGUCAUCUCUAUCAAAGUCAUCCAUGGCUGACACUAAUCGGUUCGGCCAUUAUUUCCUAUAAUUUGUACGCCUCUCUUCUCGAGAAGUUGCGACUGCCAAAUCUGAAUAAGAGAGCUGUGUUCAUCACGGGCUGUGACUUUGGAAUGGGCCGCGUUGCGGCCAUAGAGCUGGCCAAACUCGGAGUCCCAGUGUUCGCUGGCUGUUUGAGUGAUGAGGUAAAAGUUUUGGCUGCUGCUCUGUUUUUAUGAAGACAACAAACAUUUUAAAAAAUUUCAGGCCAUUGUUUCGAUCGAGCAGGAAUCUGUAAAGCUGAAAGGAGAGAUUAUUGGAGUCAAGUGCGACAUAACCAGUGAUGAUGACGUUCGAAACGCCGUGGAGACUGUAAGAAGCCAUUUGAAGAAUGGAGUCAGUAAGUUGGCUUGUAAAAUUCGCCUCGUAAAAUUACAUACAUACGAAACAACAAAAAAACUUGUCUUCAAAGAUCGUUGAACAUCUCAGCUGCCCUGCAUGGAAAAAGUUAAGAUUCCUAGGAAUUAUUUCCCGGUUUUCAGAGUUAUGGGCCGUUAUCAACAAUGCUGGCGUCUUCAGCACGUUCGGCCCAGCUGAAUGGUGCAGUGUGGAUGUUUAUAAAAAAGCCAUGGAGCUGAACUUUUAUGGUGCUGUCAGGGUCUCUAAUGUAAGUUGAAGGCAUGCAAUCAGGUCCGGGCAGAGCCUUCUGACCGUUAAGUCUUUACAAUCGUAAGAUUGUAAAGAAUGUAACUGGAGUUUAAUAUUUUGUAAAGCCGUUUUAUGGACUUUCCGGUAAUACGUAGAAUCAGCAAUCUCAUUUCAGCAUAUUGUAUUUUCCCGGAUUUUAGCUUUACCUCUAAAAACUCCGUUUUUAGGCCUUCCUCCCUUUGAUCCGUGAGAGCCACGGCCGAAUUUCCGUUACCACCUCUGUAGCCGCCCGAAUUGGAAUCAUGGGCGGCUCUCCUUAUUCCUGCGCCAAAGUGGCCCUCAAUCAUUUCGCCGAGGCCGCAAAUGUUGAGAACAGGGUGUUCGGCGUCUACUUUGGAAUCAUCGAACCAGGCAUCUUCAAAACGACACUGUUGGACAAUGAAGCCAAGAGAAAAAGGGUUAAUUCUGUCUGGGAAACGCUUGAUCCAAGUAUAAAAGAGGUCUAUGGAGAAGAAUACAAGGAAAAAUGCAAGUAGUCUUUGCUAUUUUUACCGCCUACGUAUCUUGGAAAACAAAAAUUUUUGAGGAAAAUGCGAUUUUUAGACCAAAAAGCAAGCAAAAACCUAAAGCGUAAUACUUUUGAUAUUACCUAUACUUUUAGUCAUCGAUGACUGGAACAAAGUUAUGAAUGAUCAAGGGAGUGCCGAUAUUUCGCCCGUAAUCUGGUCUUACGUCCAUUUUGUGACUGCCAGAUACCCUAGAUUCCGCUAUCAAGCUGGUGCGAAUUCGAAAUGGCUGUGGGGAAAGUUGGCGCUCCUUCCAUCGAAUUGGUUCCAUAGAUUGGUCCCGACGAUUAGUGGAGAACCGCUAGUUCCUGCUUACAUGCAACCGAAAAAAGAAUUGUAA